GCCACCAGCUCCCCAGCCKCCUUCAUUCCCCAUUCUCCCGAAACUUUUGUACUUUAGGGGCCAGGGGGUGUUUCACUCCUUGUGUUUCCUUUCCUUUUCACCAGCUGCAGAGCACAAAUAACCUCUGCAAGGCUCCUGGAGAGACACUGCCCAUUGCAUGGAGGAGACGUAGAGAGCGCAGCCUGCAGCAGCUGCAGAGAGCCAGCCGGUCACUCAUGAGCACCCAAGGAGCAGAACCAGAGAUGGAUGACUGCCUGGAGACCCUGAAAGAUGAGGAGGAGGCUUUGUGGGAGAACGUGGAGUGCAACAGGCACAUGCUGAGCCGCUACAUCAACCCGGCCAAGCUGACCCCCUACCUACGGCAGUGCAAAGUCAUCGACGAGCAGGAUGAGGAUGAGGUGCUCAACUCCCUUAUGCUGCCCUCCAAAAUUAACAGAGCAGGCCGGCUGCUGGACAUCCUCCACACCAAGGGCCAGAGGGGCUACGUGGUSUUCUUGGAGAGCCUGGAGUUUUACUACCCUGAACUCUACAAACUGGUGACAGGGAAAGAACCUACACGGAGAUUUUCCACUAUUGUUGUGGAGGAAGGACAYGAAGGCCUUACCCAUUUCCUAAUGAACGAGAUCAUCAAGCUCCAGCAGCAAGUGAAGACAAAAGACGUGCAGCGCUGUGAGCUCCUGGCCAAAUCACGCCAGCUGGAGGAUGAGAGAAAGCAGCUAAAACUCAACAAGAUAGAGCUGCUGACCUUCCAGGAGAGAUACAACAAGAUGAAGGAGGAGAGGAACAAUUACAACGAUGAGCUGGUCAAGGUGAAAGAUGAGAACUACAAUCUGGCCAUGAGAUAUGCCCAGCUGAGUGACGAGAAGAGCAUGGCUGUGAUAAGGAGCMGAGACCUGCAGUUGGAGAUUGACCAGCUCAAGCAUCGCUUGAACAAGGUGGAAGAGGAGUGCAAGCUGGAGAGGAACCAGUCUUUGAAGCUGAAAAAUGAUAUUGAAAACAGACCCAAAAAGGARCAGGUUCUGGAGCUGGAGCGGGAAAAUGAGAUGAUGAAGACUAAAAUCCAGGAGUUACAGUCCAUCAUUCAGGCUGACAAGAGGGGUUUGCCAGAUUCAGACAAAGCCAUUUUGGAUAUUCUGGAGCACGACCGUAAGGAGGCUUUGGAGGAUCGCCACGAGCUGGUCAACAAGAUCUUUAAUCUCCAAGAGGAAAUUCGRCACGUGGAGGAUUUGAGAGACAAGUAUCUUGAGGAGAAAGAAGAUUUGGAGUUAAAGUGCUCAACACUAGGAAAAGACUGUGAGAUGUACAAGCACCGCAUGAACACUGUGAUGAUACAGCUGGAAGAGGUGGAAAAGGAGCGGGACCAGGCAUUCCGCUCGCGUGACGAGGCUCAGACCCAGUAUUCCCACUGCCUGAUCGAGAAGGACAAAUACAGGAAGCAGAUCAGGGAGCUGGAGGAGAGAAAUGACGAGCUGCAGAUCGAGGUGGUGCGGAAGGAAGCGUGCAUCGUCAACCUGGAGUGCAAACUGCGGCGCCUCUCCAAGGACAACAACUUCCUCGACCAGAGUUUGCCACGGAAUCUUCCCAUUACUGUUAUCUCCCAGGCCUUUGGGUCUUCUGGCCCAAAAGCCAAUGGUCAGGAAGCCGAUGACUCCUCCACUUCUGAAGACUCUCCAGAAGACAACAAAUUCUUCUUGCCYGAUCAAGUUCGUCUCAAGAGAAGAGUGAACCUCAAGGGGAUCCAGAUAAGUCCAAGAGCUAAAUCCCCUGUCAGCAUGAACAAAACAUCAGAGUUUCAAGCAGUCCGAGCUCAGGAUGAAGAUGGGGCUGAGGGCAGCACCGGCCGCACGGACACGAGCUCCUCAUUGUCCAUCACUAACUCCAUCAGCAGCUCGGAGGUCACCAAAAUUCAAACMCUGCGGAAUCGCAACGACAGCAUCAUGUCAACCACUCCUGAGCCUCCCGGGAACGAUUCCAUCGUGCGGCGCUGCAAGGAGGACACCCCUCACUGCAGCCUGGUUGAAGAGGACAAUGACAGCUUUGGAUGUGAUGCUUUGGAGCUGGAUGAUGACAGUCACGACAGGCAGUCACAUGGAGCUCCUUCAGUGCACUCUUCCUCUUCUUCUCAUCAGUCAGAAGGCCUGGACGCCUAUGAGCUUGAGCAUGUCCACUCCAUAUUCAGAAAGUUCUCUCUGGAAAGACCCUUCCGUCCCUCCGUCACGUCYGUGGGCCGCAUCAGGAGCUCGUGUCACACCAUCCAGCGGGUGACACUCAACGGGGACAGCCUCAACUCAGAGAUCACCCUGCUCGGGGGCAAUGACAGAGGCAGCUUCAUCAGCUCAGUCAAGACUGGCUCCCCUGCAGAGAAAGCUGGCCUUCGGGAGGGACACCAGAUCCUCCUGUUGGAGGGCUGCAUUAAAGGGGAAAAUCAAAGCAUUCCCUUGGAUACUUGCACAAAGGAAGAAGUUCACUGGACAAUUCAGAGGUGCAGUGGUCCAGUAACAAUCCAGUAUAAAUCAAAUCAUGAAGGCUACAGGAAGCUGCUGUCAGAGCUGGAYGAAGGGCUCAUCACCUCGGGGGACUCGUUCCACAUCCGCCUGAACCUCAACAUCUCCAGCCAGCUGGACUGCUGCUCCCUGUCCGUGAGAUGUGAUGAGAUCGUCCACAUCCUCGACACCAUGUACCAGGGCAGGUGUGAGUGGCUGUGUGCCAGGGUGGAUCCCUUCACGGACAGGGACCUGGAGAUGGGCACCAUCCCCAGCUACAGCAGAGCCCAGCAACUCCUUUUGGUGAAGCUGCAGCGGUUGAUGCACAGAGGAAGCAAAGAUGAGACAGAAAACUCCUACAAUACACUGCGAGCACUGCGGAAUACRUUGCAGCCAGAGGAGCCUGCCCUGCAGAACGACCCAAAAACCAGCCCUCGCCUAUCCCGAGCAAGCUUUCUUUUGGGCCAGAUUUUACAGUUUGUCAGUAGGUCUGAGAACAAAUACAAACGGAUGAACAGCAACGAGCGAGUCCGCAUCGUCACGGGCUGGCCCUCGGGCCUGGCGCGGAGCUCAUCUGAAGGGAUGAAGCACUUGCCUGAUAAACUGGAAGAUUUGGAUUCCGACAGUGAAAUCAAUAAGAAGCUCAGUCUGAUCCCCUAUAGCUUGGUGAGACCCAUCCACUGCGAGCGCAGGCGUCCCGUCCUCUUCACCCCCACCAUGCUUGCCAAGCCCCUGGUGCAGAAGCUUCUCAACUCUGGAGGRGCCCUGGAAUUCAACAUCUGCAAGCCAGAUAUYGUAACAAAGGAAGAGUUCUUAAGGAAGCAAAGGACGGAGACUGUCAUCUUCAGCAGGGAAAAGAAUUCGAACACAUACGAAUGUAUUGUACCUGCCAACAUCGAGGCUGUGGCUGCCAAGAACAAGCAUUGUCUCCUGGAAGCUGGAAUAAGCUGCACAAAGGAUUUAAUCAAAGCCAAGAUAUAUCCUAUUGUUCUCUUUAUAAGAGUCUCAGAGAAAAACAUCAAGAGGUUCAGGAAACUUCUGCCAAAGCCGGAGAUUGAGGAUGAGUUUUUACGGACGUGCCGCCUGAAGGAGAAGGAACUGGAAGCUCUGCCUUGCCUUUAUGCCUCUGUGGAGGCAGAGGUGUGGAGCAGCAUYGAGGAUCUCAUCCGCACAAUAAAGGACAGGAUCGGGGAAGAGCAGCGGAAAACCGUCUGGAUAGAUGAAGAUCAGCUGUAAAAAGCAWUCAGUGAGAUGGAGCUCUGAGAAGAGCAGAGGACACAGCCAGGUGGAGCAGGGGCUCGUGGAAUUCUCUGAUUCAGUGCCCAGAUUCACUCCUAUUUCACCCUCCUGCUGGCAGGAUGCCUGUCUGGAAGGGACUGGAGCUGKGAUGGAGAGCUGGUGUCUCAAUGCUGGGAUCCAGGCUGGGGGUCAGACCACAGCCACCACCACAAUUCCUGAUCUGCUGUGUUUCAUGAGGAUCAGCACCUGUUUAACACAUGAGGGCAAAGAUCCUGAGAGGGAGCUUGGGGUAAUUUAUUGUGUUCAAAAUAUGGAUCUCUUUUGUCUCAUUGAAAACUUCUGAUGAGACCAAAUAAGUGGAAUGUGAAAGGGAUAAAGCAURGGGGUUGGUUACAGGGUGUGGAACUGAGAUGUGCCCCACACCCUGCUGAGGUGAGAUCUGAACAUACCCAGCUAAGGAAGCUGAAGGCUGCUUGGUAGCAGCAGCAGCACAACUGCUGAUGGCCAGAGCAGCUCUGUGGCUCUGUUUCUCCACAGCUAUUUCAAUCAAAAGAGAAGAAAAUAGCUAUCCUUCCUGGCAUUAACUAAAAGGAAAACUUUCCUUCCUUUUGAAACCCCAGUUUUAAUAACAGUUUUACAGAUUUCCUUUCGUAGUCCUGGCACUUACAGGAAAACAGACUUCACUGUCCCAGUGGCACAUCAGAUCUUUCCAGAUCUGCCAAUGUUUUAUUUAGUUUAUCCCUGCCUCUGCAUCAUAUUCAUUUGUGCAUCUCUCAGCUUUUAACAUUUUUUUUACUCGUGGAAAACACCACGCUGCCUCCUCCAGACAACAGGUUUCUGUGUUUCUUCACUGAAAUAUUUCCCUACAGCAUCAUUGCCUGCCAACAUGCCUGCUCUCAACAGGAGGGAUUGUUCUGAGAAGAAGAGGAGGAGAAUUCCUUAAGCCAGUAAUUGCUGUGAACCCCUCAGUCCUUGACCUGUGUGCUGUGGCUGACAGUGAGGAGAGCAGCGAGCACCACGCUGUGCCAUGGCCAAGUGGGAUAAUGCUCCCAGAAUUGUGUGUAGGGCUCAGGAGACCAUGUCCCUCUUUCAAAGGCACUUAAAUCCGUGCAGAGUUUAAGUUCCACUGCUCACGAGUGUGACUUGGACUCCUAAAUCUCUUCGGUCGUCUGAAAUCUUUCCUCUCGACAUUAGACGCUGUAUUGAGAUUGCCAAAUKGAUCCAAUAAAACUGACCCCGUAAUAAUGACUCCUGCAAUUGCUGAUCUGAAAUGCAAUAAAAAUUGACCUAYAGAUGAAGAGUGGUACAUCCCAUUGUCCUCACAUCCUUCAUUCCUUGCCAUAUCAUCCCUUUUAAGAUGCAUUUGGUAACAAAUUUAACUUUUGCUUCUGUGUUCAUCCCAUGUCCCCCAUCUUGGUGCUGYGGGCUGAUGUACAGGAGCAGGUAAUAAAACAAAAAUCAGAAUCUAAACAAAACAUCUGGCCUGGCUGCCUUCACUAGUUUAGCUGUUCCCUUGUCUUUGCAACAAACUUCUGCAGUUGGUGUCUCUCAGGUAGACUGGGUCAGUUCGUGUUGGCUUGUGGGACUGCACUUUUCUUUUAUGCUCUUUUUUUCUUUUAUGUUCUUCCCUUUUAUGCACAUCAUUUUUUAACUAAUGGAAUCUUYAAGAAGUAAUUUAUGUCACUUUACAUCUAAUUGCUGGUGCUGUGUUUCUCAMGUUAUUAAUGUUUGAAGGAAUGUUCGUAGCUAGCACUUCUCAGAGCAGCUCUUCACCUGUCCAGUGCCAUCUGCUAGGACUGUGCAAGUAGGGGGAUACUUCAUGUGCAACCUCUUUACAAAAAGAACGGGCUGCACACACAAUUUGCAACUCCCUCCAGGGCAGAGAAUAACAGCCAGCUGGGGUAUAUAUAGAACAAAUUGGAUGAUUCUUCAGAGAUCCUCURUAGCUCAAGCAGAAAUAAGAAAGCAUCAGUUGGAAGAACUGAGCCUUCCAGGAGCGUUUUGCAUUCAUUCCUAAUGUCCUGAUAAUGCAACCUUGUGGAACAGCUGCCUGUGGUUUGUGCUGCCCCUCUUGUGAAAGCUUUGGAGUGCAUGGAUGAGCAACGGGAGGGACUGCAGGAACAUUUCUCAGCUGCUUCAGCAAAAAGUUCAGCCAGGUCAGCGCAGAUGCCUCCAGGAGCCAGCAGCUGAGUGCUCACCGGCCGGAGCGCGGAGGAUGUCCGUGUGCCACCGGCUGUGCCACAGGGAUCGCCACCAUCUGCUGGAACGGCUGCAACAGAUGGCUGCUGGGGCGGAGGGGAUGGAGCACCUCCCCAUGCCGGCCUUCUUUCUGCAGCCAUCUCCUCUCCCCACAGCUUUGUGUCUCUUUGCACGGACAAAGCUGCAGAUGUGCUCUGUCCCCCUUCACUCUGGGCACAGGAAAGGCAUGUGCCAAACUCUGGAGGAGGCUCCUUUUGCAGUGAGCAGAGAUACAGCCCCUAAGAGCUGUUUGUCUGACUUGCUGGAGAUGGCUAUCUGCCCUCUCAGCUGUCUGGGGUUUUCACAGACUACAGCGAGAAACGAGAGAAUUAGCCUGGCCUUUAGCAUUUAGCUUUUUGAUCUGUAAUUUAGGACAGCUAAACCACCUUAUGGGAAAAGUGGAAGUUGAGAUUGAGGCAGAGAACAAGAGAUCUAAUUAUUUCAGUGAAACAAYAGAGGAAUGGAUCCAUGCAACAGACUUUUCUUCUCACAUCCGAGUGCAUCUGUAAAUUCCCAGCUCUGCAGACACUGUAGGGCAUUGUGCCUGUCUGCUCAAGUGAUCCAAGGAACCAGACCGUGUCCAGUGCAGCUCAUGGCACAGCUGGGUGCUGCAGCCUGCACAAGCCUCAUCCCUCUGUGACUGAAUGGAGAAGAACUUAAAGCUCUGUUCCCUCUUGAUUUCUGGGUGUGAACCCCAAGAGCAGAUCUGCAGAGCAGCCMCAGAGUGAAAGGGGCUGCUGUG